CAGUCUCACUUGCUCGCUCAAUCGGUUCAGUUCGGUUUAUUUUGUCUUCGCUUCGAUAUAAAAAUUUCAAUUUCAAUCUAAAUCUGAUUUUGAAACUGAAAUUUCGGUUUUCGGUCUUUUGCACUUCUCUUGCCUUCCUUUUUGGCCGUAAUCUUUAGCAACAAGAAUGGUGACCAACGCGGUGAUCAAACGCAAAACGCAAAGGCGCCCUAUUUCCUCAGCUCCCCCUCGAUUCGGUUCAUUCCCUCCACCUGGCCAGCAGUAUCCUGCCUUUCACUCGCAGGCAGGAGUUUGGGGAGGUGGCAAGCUCACGGCAGUGAAUCCCUCCCUUCCGCAGCAGCAGCAGCAGCAGCGGCAGCAACAGUUGCAGCAACAGCAAUUCCUUGGUGCCUCGUCUCCGUACCCUGUGCCCAGCUACGCGGAUCAGAUGCAAGCGGCAGUGCUCGACUACCAUCGCACCAGGCAGCUCCUGGAGAGCCAGCAGCAGAUGCUCCAGCAGCUCUACCAGGCCCACCCCGACGUAUCCGCCGCCCAGAUUCCGAAUCUUUCCCCACCGCCCGCCGAUGGAGGACACUUCGCCUACCGAGCGCAGCCCCAAUUCAACAGAGGAGUUCCGGGAUCUGUAAAUGGAGGUGGAGCAGGAGUUGGAACUGGAGCUUCGAGGAACGGGCCUGGUGGCGACUUCUACUCCACGCAGCAGCACAUGGGCUUCCUGCAGCAGCAGCAGCAGGACGUGCUCCGCGACCAGCAGCAGUCGGUGGCCCAGCAGUUCGCCACCAGCCAGUUGGCUCCGACCACCCGACAGAGUUUCGGGAUGGCGGUGCCCAUGUCCUCCGUUCUGGGGUCUCCCUCCUACCAGCUGUCCUUGGACGACUACCGCUUCUAGGCGGAGGAGCAGCUGUCGAAGGAAAAGGGGCAGGAAGAGGAGGAGAAGGAGCUGGAGCCUCGAACCCACAACCUUCUAAAUCUAGUCUUUUUCAUAAUUUUUUGAGCGUCAACGUAUUUUCCUCUUUUUUUGUAAAUUUUCGUGGUAUUUGGUAAGAGGAAAAGCAAGCAAAUAUAAUUCUUGUGAGUGAUGAUAA